CUUGCACAUAUUGUCCAAUCACCCUUCGCGCUCAAAAUGACCUUCAAUUAUAUCGUCCACGCAUACAUAUUGUCACGCCGUCUUGUCAAGUAUCCUUCUGCACGCAUGGACUGGACCAGUCACUCAACCAAUAAACAACCGCGUGCUGCAGAGAGCAUCGCUUUUCAUGCUGCUGUACCACCUUGUCUGGCGCUUACUGUGCGACGUGGUUGGUCACCACUCAUGGUAAUCUCUAAGAUUAAUGUGGGUUUUUCAAUGAGCUGAAAAUAUGGGAUGCUUCGAUGCGCUUACAAGAGCGACUCAAAUCUCUGAUGCUAGUACUCAGUAUCUGUCGUGUUUCGGCCUGUCGUUUUGCUUGCGAGCCUCGCUCGACCAGUCUUCUUCGAUCAUGGUCCCUUCCACAAUCAAUUCCCUUCAAGUUCAGACGACUCCGUCGCCAUCCCCCUCUCUGUCUUUGACGGCUGUUGUUCAGACCACGUUGAUUCCCGCCAUACGGCGAAACGAUCCACCAGAUAUCUUGACGAAUGCACAUACCUGCGGCUAUACAAGCGGAGCGUGGUCCUCGGCUGUGACGUGUGGCCCGUCACAUUCGUGCACGUACUAUACGACACCCUAUUCUGCUCCAAACUUUGGAUGCUGUUCGGAAGGCCUAGAUUGUGGUUACGUUUCAACUUGUCUAGAUCACGGAGCAAAAGGAAAUCCGAAUACCGGAAGCGGUAUCAUUUUCAGCAUUUCGAAUGAACAAUUCCUCUGCGGUCCAGCCGCCCCGUAUUGCUCUAAGCUCCUACUAUAUGGCACGACAUAUGCUCCAGGCUCUAGCUACUCAUUCUACUUUUACAAUUGCUUAACGAAAAGUGUCCCCAUGGUCAUCGCCUACCAGACAACGCUCGACGAAAGAGGUGCAGCAUCUAGUUCCGUGUCAUCCGUUCUAUCAACUACUGAAACUACGGAGGCAACCGCCUCAUCCAUGUUGUCGACAUCGUCCAGCUCUGACGCAAGUACUCAAAGCGGCACUCCCUCCUCAUCCGCGAGCCACUCAACAACAUCUCAAAGUGGGACACCAGUACCGAUCGAGACUACCUCAAAAAGACUAGACACGAUCUCAGCGACAAUUGCGUCAGGUACGCCGACUAGCAGCUCUGAAGCGUCUUCUGGCAGCCUCUCGCAGACCUCACAAAUCGGUAUCGCCAUUGGAGUCAGCAUCGGAGUUGGUGUAGUUCUGGCUUCGCUCGCAUUCUGGUUCCUCCGCUAUCGUAAAGCAAAGAAAGUCCAACAGUGUACUCAACAACGUUCACAAUUUCAACCAUCAUAUGUCGACCAUACUGUCGCCAGCAAGUCAUUUUAUCCUUUUGAUAACAGAUUCAGCUCGUUCCAUACACACACGUCAGCAACAUCCGAGAUGGAAGGACAGGCCUUAUACGAAUUAGGAGCUACUAGUAGGAGACAUGAGCUCGCUGGUGAAAGGCACUGAUAGGAGGUUGAACAUGGUCAUCAAAGGAUUAGACUGCGUUGGACAAUUUAGUUUCUGCGGAUUCUCCACAUCCUUUUGCCAAAUUGCCGUACUUCGUGAAGAAAAGAUGGUUUCGUACCUGUUGGCCACAUCACCGACGGGAUCAUCUGAUGCUGAAAGCGGAUAUGCCGACAGUAAGGCAGUAUACUUAAGCAAGAAACUGCACACUGCUCCUCUGAUUGCCUUCGAUCUGGACAAGGAUGAUAUUGACCCCAUAGUCCAAGGAGAAUUACUCGAUCAGAUGCUCCACAAAGAACCGGCG